AUGCAACUUAAUAAGCCUAAUAACGUUCAUAACUCUCUUCCUUCCCCCUCUCCCUCUGCUGACUCAGCCAAAUUGCACUCCAAGUUGGAGGCUUUGAAGGAAGUGGAGAAGCUUUGUAAUUUUUUGACUAAUUUUAAAACUUAUGAUAAUAAUCCUAAAAAGCUUUUAGAUAAUCUAUGUGACGGCCUUCAGACUUUUCUCGGCUUCGAUCCAUCUUCCAAAGGCUACACGGGCCAGGGCAUUGUGUACUCUGACCUUGACAGGCUGUGUGACGGGGUGAUGGGAUUUUUGAGUGGUGUUCUCAGCAACGUCAAAGAGCAUUUAGGGCAGCAUAAAGAGACAAUUACAACAGCAAUUAAGUCACUUGAAACCAAUAAACACGCCGGUAAAAAAGGUUUUAAUGCUGCGAUUGUGAAGGUGGUCGCAGGGGUGGGGAGGUAUAAUGAUGGUGUAAGAGACAGUAAUAAAAAUAUUAAGAAUGCAAUAAUAAAAUUACAAAAUCAUGUAAGUUCUUCAUUUGUAAAUACCGUAAAAAAUAUAUUACCCGAAAAAGACAUCGAUACUGCAGGUGCUCCAGUGAUUCAAGCGGCCGAGAAAUUCGUCGAACGCAAAGUGGAGGAAUGCGAGAAAAAUGCUUCGGCAUUUAAAACGUCACUUGAUAGCCAAACAGAUAACAUUACUAAUCUUAAUUCUAGUUUGCGUGAUAAAGUAAAUAGCGUAGUGAGCAGUGUAGAACAUGAGAGGGUACGGCUCAGCAAGGUGGCGGCCAAGGAGAGGAACAUUCAUGAGGCGACGACUGUCAAAAUUAAUGAAGCGCUCCUGAAGUGUGGUAGCUGCAUCAAUGAAAAAAUUCAGAGGGAUGUGGAGAAACUUAUCUCGGAUUUCAAGGCUGCCGUUCGGGUGAUUAAGGACAAGCUAGAAGAAAUAAACAAGAAUUUAAAAAAUUACGUUAACGAGUUGUAUAAAUGGAUGAACGAGACAAACUCUAUCGUGAAUAGGACAGGCAAAAAUGUGAUUGAAAUUAUAAAUGGAAGUGUCGGCUAUGAGAACCAAGAAUGGAUUAAGCAUAAAGCGAAGGAGUUGCUAGACUGGAGAAGCACUAUUGGAGGAUAUGUCGUUGACGUCACAGAGAUGGCUAAAAAUGUAAACGACGCCGUGACGGAGCUAGGCAAACAGUUUGAUGAUCAAAACACAAUUAAUAACAUUUUCGACAAAAUUAAACAUCAAGUUGCAGAUAUAGAGGGGCAUGUUGGUGAAUCUAUUGGGGCAGGAUCCGCCAGCGGGGCGGAUGGAAGUGUACAACAGAACUGGGAUGCGCUGAAAAAUAAGAUUACGGGGCUCCUUGAGAAUCUGUACACGACUAAUGAAAGAGACCCGUUAAAAUUGAAUUUUAUAGGUAAAAUUCGUAAGGGUGUAACAGCAUAUGCUGCGAGCUUCAAAGAUGGGGAUCAAGGAUUUGAGAAAAUAGUUGGUGAGUGGGUGACGGAUGUAAUUAAGAGUAAGGCAGUGCAUGGGUUACUCGAUGAGUACGUAAAAGUCAACAAAAAUGAUAGUUAUUUCAACGGUAUGUUAAGUUAUCGGGGCCAUCCGGCUUUACUUAAAAGAGUCACCGAGAUUGUUACGCUACAUGUGGCUGACAAAUUGAAAAAUAUUAGGCCGUCAACGAAUUUUCACGACACUCCCACUGUAGAAGGAUACUUGUCAUACGUUACCAGUUAUCUGAAUAGCUUUUCCAGUGAUAUAACAAACAAGGAGAAAGAAAUAGUGGACACAAUUGCAGAGUUCGUACAUCUUCAGCCCGAUGUGGUACUAUCGGAUCGCCAAGCAGGCCAUAGGAGAUAUUAUCUGGAGCUCGCCGUCAGAUCGACGUUGUCGGCUCUCGCAUCCAUUGCAAAGCAAGUAUCUGACCAGCUUACCAAACUCGCUUAUACUCAUACAAAUUUGGGAACUCGACUGAAGGGUUCCAUAGCAAAUGUCGAGAACAUUGGCAAAGAAAUAGCCGACGGCAACACCUUGGGUGGAAAAAUUCAAGCAGCAUUAGACAGCCUGCGGUCAGAUAUUAAGAAGCUGCACGGCCAACUUAAUACUGCGACAAAAGUCGGCGUCAGUAAUCUUGCCGGUAAACUGGAUGAAGCAAUCGCUGCCAUCACCAAACGAUCCAUAGAAGUAACGGCCGAAGGCAUCAACACAGCCUUCACAGAGAUGUACACUAAAAUAACCGAUAACCUCAAAGGCCUAUUGAAAGCGCUUGAGCUAGCCGGCAAUGCUAUACAUGGUCAAUUGCUAACUCUUAACGAUAAAAUCGGGAAUAGCACCGGAGGCAGGGUUGUCGACGGCAGUCUACAAGAUCUUUAUAAUAGACUAAGUGAGCUGCAGAGCACUCUGGAAAAAGAUCCGCUCACAAAAGCGCGGGCAUUCGAAAAACACGCCGACAAGCUACGCGAGCAACAUACCAAAUCCCUCAACCAACACGUCAACAACACUGUAAAGCAAACCAAGGAAGAGCUCAUCAAACAGGCGCGGAAGAACUACGUCGUUACCAUGCAGUUAUUGAUUGAACAGUUUGCCGAGAGAGUCACCAGUGACUUGCAUGGCUUGCCUGGACUCAUUGACGCAGACCUAGAGCAGGGGCACAAGGGGUUCAUGCGGAAAGUACAUGAGUACUUUUUACUUAAGAUCGACGACAUUGAAUCCAUCUCGCCGACGUCUUUCACCACCAGCUCUUCUCCGAUGAGCCGAGCAGCAGGAAUGUUGAAAUCGGCAUACGCAGACCUCUUCGGAAGAUUGAAAACGCAGCCAGGUUUUGUGUCAGACUUUGAGAAAAUCAAGCCGUCCACGGAGGCGCUUGGCACCCUACUCGAGACACUUCAAACCUCGAAGCAUUUCAACAACGAGUUCAGAACCAACCUAGACGCACUCGACACCAAUGUCAAUAAGAUAAAUCCCGCCAAGUAUGGUGACGGCGAUAGUCCAUUGGUGCUCAAUGCGUUGAGGGCCGGAUUCCCCGCUUUCGUCACUGAGAUGAAGAAGGCCUACAAAAACGUGUACGAGGGAGCAGCCAGAAUCGACAGGUGGACUGAACCUGUGAUCUCUGACCAACCGAGGGAGGCGACUGCCGUUGUGGAGACUCCGAAAGAGAAGUUGACUCUUGAUGGCCAGAAUGGUGCCAAGGUAUGUCUCACCGUAUUUCAUAUCAUUUAUCCCGCGCUUGACGAAUUAGACGAGAAAAGUGGCAACAGCUGGCGUAGUGAGAAAAUUAACAAAACUGGCAACUUGGGAGCGUUCUUCGCCGACGAAGGUUACCGAAUAUCCUACUCUGAGACGGAGCAAAACGGCGAACUGGACAAGGACGUGAACGGUGGAAGGGUCAAAACACUGCUGAAAAACAAAGUCACUGGCGCCAGCGUCAUGGAACUCUUGAAGAGAUGGAAGCAGGAGGAGAAUAAAAAGAAUGCCGUUGGACAACAGACGGAUGAUGCUGCGCGCACGCAAAGUAAUUAUAUUGACACGAUCGUUCUGCUUGCGUAUCUCUAUGAACAGCUCCGAACGUACUACGACGUAUGUCACAGGCGGCACAUUCCUAACCCGGUCGCACCUACGAGUGUAUACCAAAUGCUCAUGUGGCUGAGUGGGCUGAGUCACAACGCCGUCUACACAGAUCUGUCACUUAACGGCUUCGAAGGCUUAUUCGAAAAGCCGGAGAAGUCUAAACAAUCAGCGCUAAAAGAUGCCGACGAGGAUUCGCUUGAAGAGGAGGAGGACGUGUCGUUGGAUGCGUACCCGAAUCCUAUAACAGUCGAUACCUUGUCCAGUAAUCUUCGCGAUGUUUGCGGCUAUGCAGAGACAGUGCUAACAGCAUUGCUCGGCCAUGGCCAUGCUGGAGGCAUAUACGCCUGUGAUUUCAACACCAACUCAGCCAAUUUAUCAUACCCCAGCGACGCUAGUAAGUGUCUCGAUUUACUCAUGGAAAUCGUCCUUAGAUUGUUUCACCAACUUCACUUCUUAUAUAAGCAGUGCACCUACCCUAUGGAGCUCGGAGGGUGGCUCAACUGCCUGUAUGGCAAGGGAAUCGGCGGAUCGUCAUGGGAGUGUAACAAGAUGCAAUGCGUUAACCAAAGUGCCGACCAAAUAGGUAACCAAACGUGUGGUCAAACAUGUGACCAACAUCCCAAGUGCGGAGUAAAAUCGCCACUGCAAGCCUUUUUGGAAGAUGGGCUGCCCGCGUUCCUUUCGCAUCCGUACAACAAGUCAGGCUGUAAGAUAACAUGCUCAUAUGCUAACCACAAAGGCAUACCUUGUAAGACGCCAAUUGGCCUGACGGACAUAUCCACUAUGGCAUCGCACACCAGUAGCGCUUCUCGACUUUAUCGUACGCUUAAGGACUUUUGCGGCAAUGCAGGGUCACCUCUCACUAAGCUGUGCGCUAACGUAACGUGUGUCCUAAGCAGGCCGCCUGAAACGCUUGGCGAUAUGUUCGCGUUUUACUAUACUUUUAUUAAAACUUGGGGUGACAGUGGCAGAAAACAUAAAUUAGAUGCAUUCAACGACGCCGUGGCUAAAGCAUACUUUGAUGUCCCCUAUACGGAACUAAACGUCUAUUCCGUGUUAAAUGGUAGCCACUCAUCGAAACUGGCGGGACAUACUAAUGGUGACCUACUUAGCCUUGUUUGUGGUACGAAGUCACCUGGCAAAUGCGGUCUGUAUCUGAGUUCCGUAAGCAACGACAUUAGCGGCGUUUACUCCAGCAAGCAUGCCGACAAGUAUCUUUCGUGGAUCGUGUACAUCACUGAAACAUUUUAUGACUUGCUUAAGAAACUUUUCGAUGACUGCAACAAGCAUUGCGGUGGCGAUAAGCCCAAAUGCCGUAUUGCCAAAUGUCCUUCAACAUGUACUGUAACCAAACAGCCAACCAAAUCAGACCACGCUGACUCAUGUAAAAGCAUCGCUAACUGCAAGACCACACUUCCUACUUUGUGCAGAUACGGCUUCACAAUUGGAAACCCAUCUAAGCUCAGCGGCAAAGAUGGCGUAUCGCAGAAACGCACGUGCAACGAUUUCUGCAAGAUGCUAGGUAACGUUGUUAAAGAAGGUAAUGCCCUUCACACGUUGGCUCAUGAAAUUAUUCCCGAAUUCCUCUUCAGAAUCCGUGCCCCCUUCAUCUGGCUCAACGUCGCGCUCUGGCUCCUCUCUUUCCUCUACCUCCUCCACAUCAUGGUCAUCCGCCUCGACCUCCUACACAUCAAAUCGCAUCUAAGAUCACCAUCAUCACAUCGUAUCGCUGCCCAGUCACUACUCGCAGCUGGACGUGUUAACAAGCUUAACAGGGUGUUUUAUCUGCAACCAUAA